UUGAGAGUGGGGGCAAGUCUAAUCCUGCCUACUGCUUCCCUGAUUCACAUUACAAUCAAUCGGACUCACUGGUUGCUUUGAUCUGUUUGAGGGAAGUGGGAGGAGAGGAAGGAGUGAACGAGUGAGAGAGGAAGAGAAAGAGAGAAAAGGGGAAGGAGCUACCACUCGCUGUAACAGCCCUAAGCAUUUUUUUCUGUCGGCUACACAUUCAAGAGCAUGCUGCAAAUGAAACAGAACUUUGAAGGAAGCCCAACCAUAGUUAUUUCACCAGAUAGUGCUACUCUUUCUUCUUACCACUACUUGGCUUUCCUUUACUCUCGUCUCCAAGCAGCUCUCUCUUCCUGUGUUGGGUCAAAAAAGUCCUUGUGAACUCUUCUUGAAACUCCUGCUGUGCUGCUUUUGCCUAUCAAAAGGAUAGCAGAAAGAGAUUUAAGAGAGAUUUUGUCCAAGAAGGAGUAUACAUCUUGUUUCUCUUCAGUUAUUCUAAUUUACCUUCAAGAUAUGUAAGUGGAGAAAUUGUCCAAGAGUAACACAGCUGGGACUCUACCAAUUCGUUUUUGGCCUGACCUAUGAAAUCGAGUGCAGUUUCUAACGUAUCACAUCACUUAAUAUGUCCCAAUGAUUACUGUGAAAGCAGGAAAAAGAAGGUGAAGAAAAGGGUGAGACAAAACCAAAAGAACUGGCUAGAACAUAAGAAACAUGAGAGGAAACCUGCUAAAUCAGGAACUAUAAGAGAUCGAGGCUGGCAUCAGAUUUCCAAAAGAAACUCUUGGUGGAACGUUGCGAACAGGAGAGUUUCAAUAUGUUCAGCACAAUACUUUUCUUGGAUCCUUCUGGAGCAGAAUGAAUGAGAUGAGGACUUGUUUAGCCAUACCAGUCUUCCUACAGAUAUAUAAUCAGAGAUGGUAUUGGAUUUCUCUUGCUGAGGAAAUGCAUUUUGUCACAGUUUAUAGGGACUGAUAGGGGAAAAAUACAAGAAUGCAGAUAAAUUAGAAUCUAACAUAGCAGUUCUUUCGGAGGCCACUGCCAUGGAAAUCUGCAUGAAGUAAAAACAGCAGUUGUUUCUCCUGUCAUCAUGAAUUCUACAAAUGUUACAGACAGUUCUCUCCACCAGGUGCUGAUUGGGAUUACCCUUACAGUCCUCGUGGUUGUGACUGUUUGUGGCAAUGUUAUGGUGUGCCUUGUAGUCUGUUUAAAUCGAAGGCUCCGCAGCCUGACCAACUGCUUCAUUGUCUCCCUGGCCUUCACAGAUCUGCUACUGGGCUUAUUGGUGAUGCCCUUUUCAGCUACAUAUGAGAUCUCUUCCCAUACAUGGUCCAUGGGCAUUACUUGGUGCAAUAUCUACAUUAGCUUAGAUGUCAUGCUGUGCACGGCCUCCAUCCUCAACCUCUUCGUGAUUAGCCUUGACCGCUACUAUGCCAUCACAGCACCUCUCCGCUACCAUUCCGUGGUCACUCCCUUCCGGGCAGGUGUAGCUCUGAUCCUUAUCUGGGUAGUGUCACUCAUGGUCUCCUUCCUGCCCAUUCAUUUGGGCUGGAAUACCAAUAAUACAACUAUCCAGAAUACACAUGUCAUGGAUAGAAAACAGGAAUGCAUGCUUGAGGUCAAUGCUCUCUAUGUACUAGUGGAUGGCUUGCUUACUUUUUACCUCCCUUUGGUUGUCAUGUGCAUUACAUACUACCGUAUAUUCAAAAUAGCCAGGGAACAAGCACAGAGAAUCAACUACACCAGCUGCUGCAUGAAUGCUAGAAAUGCAUUGCCAACUUUGAAGGAACACAAAGCCACUGUGACCCUUGCUGCUGUGAUGGGAGCCUUCAUUAUCUGCUGGUUUCCUUAUUUUACAGUGUUCAUGUACCGGGGCAUACAGGGUGCAGUAUAUGAAACAUUACUGACCAUUGUCGUGUGGCUUGGGUAUGCCAAUUCAGCCUUGAACCCUAUCUUGUAUGCUGCACUGAACAGGGACUUCCGAACAGCUUAUCAGAGGUUGCUCCGAUGUAGGAAGGUGGUACCAGAAAUCAGAAAAAUUCCUCUCAACCAGGAGAUGAGGGACAAGACCUUUAAUCAGGCACAGUGUAAACUGGAGAAUAAUUCUCUACAGCUGCAUACAGUGGAUGAAAAGGGAAAUUCUCUUGUCCGAGACAGCUUGGAAAGGAAUCUGAAUCCAGCAUGUGAUAAAACCUCCUCUGCUAUUGUAUCAUGCUAUCAAAGCUUCUGGUUGGCCAAGAUCCUUCCCAAGAGGGGUGUGUGGAUCCCAGUGUUUGAGGAGCCAGGAGCAAAUGCACAGAAGACAAGACAGUCCUCUGCACAGCACAGAGUUAUCUACUGCAUUGUCUCCUGAGUAAAGAACCUGCUUUCUUGUGGAAUCACAUAUGGAGACAGAUGAGCCAAGACAGAUUUCUUUGAAAAGGCUGUAAAAUGGUUGCACCCAUGUUACAGUAGUCUAAACUAAUAAGUUCUGAUGUGGGGCUCACUAUUCAAGGACUGGGAUAUUGCUCCAAGACUCCUGAUUAUAUUAUAGGGUGUGUGUUGAUAAGCACACAAAGAAGUACACAAAUCUGAAUACACCGAAGUAUUUGUGUGGUCACAACCAAGAAGUUGUCAUCCAUUUUAUAGUCAUUUGCUCAAUAUGCUUCCUUUCAGUAAUGAGAAAAAAAGGCUUGGGCAGAAACCCUGUCUUUGCUUGAAUAUAUAAAUGGGAAACAAAAUCAUUAUAGCAGCUCUAAUACAAUCCUGGACUUACGUUUUCCCAAAAGGCCCACUAAAUGACUUGAGCAUCUAUUUUUAAUAUAGUUGGCUCUCUUCAUCCUCCUAAUCCGAAUCUGCAGGAGAUAUUGAUCUAAAAUAAUGAUCCCCAAACUUUGGUCCUCCAAGUAUUUUACACCUCAACUCCUCAAAAUCCUACCAGCCUGGCCAACAGUCUAAAAGUUAAAAUUCAAACAUCUGAAAGACCAAAAUUUGGGAACCACUGGCCUAAAAGAACAUGUCAUGGGUCAGGCAUGAAAAUGAACAAGGCAAGAAUGAAAGAUUGGUUUAGAAGAUGCAAAGAAGAAGGGGAGGAGGGGUGUUGUUAUGGUAUUAAAAGUGUGCAUUCCCAUUUGUUAGAGGGAAGUGCUGAGAACAUUUAUAUUAUUGACAGCAUUCAGUGUUAGUAUUUCUGAAAUGGUUCAUACAGUAGCUUCCAAAAUGUCAGAUAAAAUGCAUUUGAAAAGAUUGAGAGUUUUUAAUAUUUAAUAAAAUCAAUUUUAAUUAUUAAGCAAAAUUUGGUUCGAAAUUAUCAAAAUAGUGGUUUUAGUGUAUUUCAGCACAAAAUGCCACUUUAAAAAAUAAAACAUGGUGGGGUGGGGUGGGGUGGGAAUUUCAUUUAGGAAGAAUAUUACUUGAAAUGUUUUUUUUAAAACCCAAUAAAAUGCUAACAUUUAAUGAA